AAUACACUAAAGUUAAACUAAUUUCAACCUCCUUCUUUACUAAAACACCUAAACAAUGAGCGCCAUAUCCAAACAGGAAGUUUCUUCGGUUGAAGAAGUUUUUAAAUUGGCAAAAGAUGACGACGUACUGAAAAAUGUGGCUAAAAUUUUCGCCCCUUAUCAAGAACUUGUAUUACACGGGCUUGGCAUCUGUUCUAUGGAUCCCGUCCUUCUAAUUAAAACAGUUAAAACCUUGCACCACUUGGGCUCUGUCACGUAUCCAAAUUUUUAUAAAGGAAUUACCCCUACCCAAUUGAUCUCUACUUUUCGCAAAGCAAAAUUAUUGCGAAUUAUAAAACAUUUCGGGGACGAUGGGAAACUUUCACUCAUCCUUCUAUUCGAGGCGGCAAAUUGGGAUCCAACACGAAUACCUAAUCCUGAAAUGCGAAUAAUAUUCGCAUUUUACUUGUACGCAGCCCUAAAAAUUGCCCAUCGCGACCCGAGAUGUUCCGCAAAAUCACGCAGCGAACCUCCCACUUUACUGCAUAUUUUUGAUACUAAAGGGUUCUCCACUUCACACGCGAAAAUAUUCAGCUUCAGAGAGACUUUAAUCAGUAUCAGGCUGUAUAAUGCACUGCCCAAAAAUGUGACAAAAUGCGUGAUUUUUAGAAAUAGCGGAAUCUUGUUUGAGAAAACUUACUCCUUUGUUAAGUGGCUACUUCCGUAUGAUAUGCGAAAAAUGAUUCACGUAUGUUCGGACGACAUUUCGCCCAUAUUUGAACACGUGCCGGUGGAAGGCGUCCCAAAAGCGGUGGGCGGUCUGGCUGAAAAUGAUGAAGUAUUCUUAGCCGAUCUGGAAAAAGAGUUGGAUGCAGACGGUGGUCUGCAUACCCUGCUAAACAUGAUUUUUGAUAGAUCGUAAUAUGCGAAAUUCGCACAUUACGAUCUUUCGCAGUGCGAAUGUUA